AUGAAGAGCCAUGAGCAAGGUGUUUGCUGCCUGACCGUCAGCCAGGGCUUCUUGUACAGCGGAUCAUUCGACACGACGAUAGCAAAGUGGGACAUCAAGGAGAAGACGCUGGUGGCGACGUACAAGGGACAUUCAGAAGCCGUUUACCGGCUGGCGGUGAGGGAGAACUGGUUGAUCUCUGCAUCACGAGACAAGACGGUGCGGGUGUGGAGGGAGAAAGAUUCUAAGUGCGUUGCUGUGCUCAAGGGGCACACGGGCCCCGUCCUCUCUCUCGCUGUGCAGGAGGACAUCCUCUUCACGGGAGCCGACGACUGCACCAUCAGGCAGUGGGACUGGCUGUCUGGCUCGCAGCUGCGAGAGUACAUGGGGCACACUGACUGCGUGACGGACCUCAAGGUGCAGGGCGACUCUCUUUACAGCUCCUCCUUCGACUCGACCAUCCGCGUGUGGGACACGCAGACGGGCCAGUGCGUGCGGGUGUGCAAGGCGAACGCGGGGAUGCGAGGGAUCACGCUGACGGCAGGGAAGAUCUUUGGGGCAGGCAACGACGCGCACCUGUACGUGUGGGAUCAAAACAGCGCGCAGACAGAGCCUCUGACAUCCGAUCACGAGCACAAGGACCGCGUGCUUGCCGUCACUGUGGCAGGGGAAGGGGAGGUCGUGUUCUCGGCAUCAGCAGACUGCAGCAUCAAGAAGUGGGACGUAGCGACCGGCCGGUGCCUCGAAACGCUGAGUGGGCACUCGGACUGGGUCUCCUGCCUGCUCGUCAGCGAGGGAUCCUUGUUCUCGGGCUCCUGGGACAGCUCCAUUAGGAAAUGGGACGUGGCGACCUGCCGCUUCAUCGCCGAGCUGAACGCCCACAACGACCCGAUCUACUGUCUUGCCGCUGGUGUCGGCGUCGUCUUCAGCGGCUCAAGGGACUGCACGAUCCGAGCAUGGCGGACGGACACAGGGGAGUGCAUCUUCGUGUACGAGGGACAUACUGCCGUCGUUGCCUCCUUGGUAGUGGCCGACCCCUACAUUUACAGCGCGUCCUGGGACAAGACCAUCAGGUGGGUGCUCUACCCGCCGUCGCAUGCCUCCUACCUCGCAAUCCUCCUCUGA